AAUUUUUUUAAAGUAUAUAUAUAUUUUUAAAUAAUGUUAUUUUCAAUGACGUUUUGUAAUAUUGUCAAAAUUUGAUAAAAAAAUUGGUUUGUUUUUAAAAGAAUAUAUUUUAAUUCUGAAGAUAAGAUUUAAAUAAAGAAUAUAUCAUCCUAUUCAUUGGCUGCUAUAUAAUCACCAAUUUGUGAGAAUACUAUUUUCAAAUGUCAGCCAAAUUGACAAAGGAGGAUAACAAUAAAAAGUCUCCUAAUCGAAAUGCAACUAAGAACGACGAUGAUGUUAAAGAGAGUGAUAUCGGUGUUGCAGCUCAAAGUAAUCCACAUGCAAAUGAUAACAAUCAUUUCCCUUUUAAUCAGCUUGAAAAACUCUUAACUUGCCCCAUAUGCUUAGAUCGGUAUAGGCAACCUAAACUGUUACCCUGUCAACAUACCUAUUGUCUGGAAUGUCUUGAAAAUAUGGCCGAUUAUUAUAAGAGAAUCGUUAAAUGUGCUGAAUGCCGGACAGAAAACAUAUUACCUUAUAAAGGUGUCGAAACCUUUCCCAACAAUUUGACCAUCUUAAGUUUUUUGGAAUUACCUUCGGUUAUAGCUGUCGAAGAGGCGAAGAGCGGCAACAGUAAUCUUAUGUUACUUCAGGAAACCAAUUCUAGGAGAGGUUCACGACGAUCAGUAACGGACGAAGCUAGCAACGAUAGGUUAGGUCAAUACACUAGUCAUCUCCCAUCCGCCCAAAGAUCUAGUUAUCAAACGACCACGCAAUCUCCUACACAACAAUAUAGGUUCGUGAAAUUGGAAACGUGCCCUAUUUGUAACGAAAACACUGAGCUAUUUAAGUGCCUGCAUUGCGAUCGGAAGGUGUGCAAUGCUUGCAAGGAGUCGCACUUGGAGCAAAUGCAACGCGAAGUGAUUCGCCUCUUGACCAACACCCAAAGAAAUGUACCAAAACUCGAGGAAACUAUAAACGUCAUCGAACAAAAGCUUGCUAACAUGAAAAACAACUUCAACUUUGUCAAAAACGAGAUCAAAAUGGAGAUAGAUCGAUGCGUGCGAGAGCUUAACAAUCGGGAAAGAGUUCUGUUAGAAGAAGUGGACAAUCUAAUGGAGUCUGAAAUCCGAAAAAUGACGGAAAGGCAGGGUACUCUCAGUACGGAAAAGGAGGAAAUUGAAUCAUAUUGCCAACGGACAGCAACCCGUUUAAAUCAACCAACUCUACCUUCAAGUAGCUCUCCCAUAGAUAACGUUACAGGUGCUGGAGCUACAUCCAAUAAUCGAGACAGUCACGAAACGACUUCUAACGAAGGAGAGGAGGACGAAGAUGAAGAUGAUGACGAGCAAGGAGUCCAAAUACAAAGCCUCAAAACUAGGAUUAAAAAUGCCGCCGCUGCUAAGGUUCUAUUGGCAGCUCAAGAGAUGGUACAAGAUAAUAACAAAGAAACCACAACUAAUAAUAUUAAUACUACACCCCCGCCCCAAGUUUUGCCUGAAAUAGUGCCGUUGACCCCUGAGGAGUUAGUUACACUGAAGCAACAAAUAUCGACAUAUCUAGAUCAUAUACGGGACAUCAACGUGGAAGCGGUAGAAAGUUACAAAAGGAUGAAGUUCAUAGCCGACAACAACAUGCUGAGAUCCAACAUCCUUACCUUCGGUGAACUACACGUUAGGAGUGUAGUUCAUUCCGGAAAUUUGACUUCCAAAACGACGUCUUCACCCAACAAUGAGACAACUUCCAGUAGGUUUUCUAGAUCCUACUCAUUCGAAAAUGACGACACUCUAACACCCGGAGAUAAUGACAAUGUAAAUUCGACAUUAGAUACCACAGGUAAUUACAAAUCUGGAUCCAAUCGGUAUACAUCACCGGCUCAAAGAAAUACCGGAAGUACGGCCACGCCGACUCGAACAAGCAGAUUUUUAAAUCGUCCACGUUCCACUUACGAAACAACCGCAACUCCGUCUUCCUAUGAUUAUUCCUCUAGUUCUCGCCGCGCACCUAUUGGAAGUAGUAGUACACCUAGUCAAGACGAUAUAUUCGCUGGAUACCUGGGCAACGAAGUCCCCUCCUCAGUGACCAGCUCCACCUCCCCACACACUAACAAAAAUUGGAGAACAGAUGCUAAAGUGCAUCCUCGAACAUUAACGGAUCUCUCAGAGUCUAAUAUAUCCCCCAAGUUUCAUAGAUUAGACGUUAACCGCUUUAAUUACGCGGAUAUUUAUAAGAUGGCUAGUCCUAAAAAGGACCCAAUCAAAUCCGUCGUCAUAAGCAACAAUAAAUCUGGCUUGCCCUACAGUUUAUACAGGAGUAAAACGUCUUUCAAUUUAAAAAAUUCGAGCACCAUUAAAGCCAUAGAAAAGUCUUUAAGUGAAUUUAAUGCUAAUAAAAUUGAAUCAGCCGAAACUCUCGACACAAAUAACGAAAAAGGAGGCUCCACCCUAGAAACUAUCGAGGAUGAGAAUAGAAGAGAUAGGGAAUUACACAAAUCGUAUUAUCGUAGGAAAUAUGGGCGCUGUCUAACUACAAAUAAUGUGAUUAGCAAUGCCACUCUUAAUAAUUACGACCCAGACAUUAAUUUCAAUGAUUACAAUAUAUCAUCAAUUAAAAACGGCAAAAAAUUGCCGAUAAUAAAAAAUAGCCAUUUUGCGACACCCGAUUCGCCAUUAUCCUACGAAAAUUAUCCUCAUGAUACAAGUAUAAAUGCCGAUCACGUUAACGGUUACGCCAAUAAUACGAAUAUUUAUCGUGAUAAUAAAGACGAGAUUGUAUUGGACGCGUUAAACCACAACGAUCGUUUGCAAGAAACCAAUGGAGGUUCCAAUGAAAUCAACGUUCACAAGGAAGCUCACAAAAGUAUGGCAAAAAGAAAGCUAAAGAAAAACUUUUAUCAAAGGAGUAAAACAGAUAAUAAUAAUAAUAUAAAUCACGAGGAAAAUAGGAUUGAACCGCCUGGUGAUCAUUGGUGGAAGUCUUGGCUUAUUGAUGAUGGCGAGGUAAAAACUCGAGCCGAAAAAAAAUUAGAGCAAUUGAAACAUACCGAUUCCCAUAUCGGCAAAGACGCUCAAACGAGUUAUUACAUAGAUCAUUUAAGCUUUCCUGAUUGCCCUUCAAGGUCCUACAAGAAGGGUACUACGACCACUUUGAGAAAUUUGAAUUUAGAUUCGAAUUUAGAUUCGAAAUUGAAAACAUAUGGAAACCCUAGUUCUUCUUCCAGUGUCGAAUAUUUACAAAACCCGCCAAUUAAAUUGAGAAUGGAGCAAAAAAGGAGACAGCAGCAUAUCAGCGAUACAAAUCGGCCCAACCUUGUUAAUAAUAAUCCAAUUUCAACGAAAUCUUUCAUCGCUACUAAUAUUAAUAAUCCAGAAUAUAAAUUUGAUAACUUAACUUUAAACGGGAUGGGCUUAAAUAGCACUGCGGAUAUAUUUAUACCAGAAACGGAUGUGCCGAUAUCUGAAAACUUUAAAAUAUCCGAGUCAUUGAAAAAUAAAUUUAACACUCUUCAGCGAUUCAAACGCAGAAAUGAGUUUUUGAUGAAUUUAGCCUCCGUGGCUUUGUUUUCGCCCGAUGGCACUUGCAAUGACAGCAAUUACAAAUACGUCCCGAUUAGGGAACGGAUUCAUAAUAUAAGGGCAAAUUUAAAUGAUUCUAACAUCAAAGAUGAAACGUUUUCAAGUGUUGUGAAUACGGGCAAUGCCUCUUGUCACAAGGAUGAAGAUUUAAAAUCGUAUGGGGGUAAGGAGAAGUCCUUGAAAUCUAAAUAUGUCAAUCAUCUAGAGGAUAUUCCGAACGACAUAAUAUUCCAGGAUCACAUUGAAGGACAUAACAUGUUGGAAAAUGCCGACGAUAAACCCGGUGGCAUUCCUAGUACUAGUCAAAAUAAAAAGUUAAAUAAAAUCGCCGAUAAUAAUUCUAAGGUAAACGAUUCGGUUAACGAUAAUCAAAGUGACGAGAAUGUGCAUGAACGUCAAAUAUUAGAUAAUAUUUUCGAAACUGAAUUGCGAGCUUACAUUCAAAGAAUUAACGACAUGCAAAAAGAUAUCGAACAAUUUGCUGAUGAGAUCCAAUCUCAUUCAUCUUUGAAAAAUUACGAAACCCCAGAUUUGAGCUUAAGUCCUGCAAAUUUAAGCGACAGAGAUUUGUUUGAUCUCGGUGAAAAUGAUAAUGACACGAGGCAUGAUACAGAUAACGGAAAUACCGAACAGAUUGGCGAGUUGGCGUUGUUUUAUGAUCACCCUCUUGACGUUUACGAGUCCUCGGAAGAAAGAAGAGAAUUAGAUGAAGAUGAGUUAGAUCUAUUUCUUAACUUUGAGUCCGGCAGAGCCAUCGAUACAAAUAUUAGCGAAUAUAAAGCUAACUCUCUUACCGGUCCACCUCAUUCGAUACUAAUCAAACAUGAAUCCAGAUCCUCUCCUUAUCAACGAAGAACUUCCGAUACUGGAAUUGGGGAGUCUAAUCAUCGUAUUCCCAAAGAAAAUGGCGUAAAAUUAUCGAAAAAAGUAUCGAAUGGUAGCGAAAAAAAAGUCAACAAGGUCAAAAGAAAUUCUAUCGGCAACAUUAAAAAGCAAAAUGAUUCCCUUAAUAUAGCAGAAAACGGAGUGUACGCUAGUCUCAACGUAAAAGUAAAUCCUUCGAAUAAAGGCGGCUUCGUGAGUUUGAAGAUCCCUAUGGGAUUGGCGUUGUCAACCAACGGCACACACUUAUUUGUAGCAGAUAAGGGUAACCACAAGAUACGCAUGAUGAAGUUACAGCUAGGUAACGGUAAAGCCAUUACCUCUUUUGUUAAGUCCUACGGUAUUUUCGGGUAUACGCCCGAGAAAUUGAACAGACCCUGUGACGUGGCAUUAGGGUAUCAAGACCAAAUAGCGAUAGCGGAUAGUGGUAAUCACAAAGUUGUUUGCUUAAACUCUGAACUAAAGUUUCAAAGGAUCCUGGGGACCGGAGAAAAAGGUCAUUUUAACGGACAAUUUGAGCAUCCUACUGGUGUGACUUUCGAUUCAAUGGGAUUUAUAUAUGUAUGCGAUAAAUUAAAUCGAAGGGUACAAGUAUUUAGUGGGGACGGUAUUUUUGUUGGUAAAUGGGGUCACAACCAUCUGACAGCCCCUAAAAGGGUUCAUUAUUCCUCCCACAGAUCCAUAAUAUACGUAACGGACGCGGGGGAUCAUUCAUUAAAACUUUUUGAUCGAAACGGCAUAAAAAUUGGCUGCGUCAACAAGAUACCCAAGGUUUUAACUACCCCUUCUACGAAUGGGGCCAACUCUGCCUAUCCCUUAAUAACUGAAAAUUUCAGCUAUCCCAGUAGCGUAUCUUGUUACUCGGCUAAUAGUGAAAAUAUUAUCCUUCUUGACUCGGGAAACGAUAGGGUAAUCCAGUUGACCGCCGAUGGUAGAGUGAUACAAGUUUUUCCUCUGAUCUCUUCUCCCGUUCUCACGAGCUCAUCGGACCAAUUGUCAUCAACUUUAACAAAUAGAUUCGAUUCUUGCAUUUCCUUACCUUCUUCCAUGUUUAAUAAUGGGAUUCACGAAUACGAACAGUAUCCCGUUCAAACUUUCGCCGUUUCCGACACGAUUAAUAAUCAAAUUGUUUUUGUUUGAAAACGAAUUAUAUAUAUUAUAUAAUAGAUAUACAUUUAUUUAUAGUUUUUUUUAGGCUUAAAUUUAUAGAAUAUUUUUUAAAAUAUAAUGAUGAUUAAUUUCGUGAGAACAUAAGAUAUAAAUUUAGAAAAACUCUCUUUUUAAUUUUAGCCGGAUUGUUUUUAAAACUAACAAAAAUUGCAAAUGCAAAUAAAAUAAAUGG